AUGCACUCGUCGCCGAUACACGCCGCGUCCCUCGUGGACCCCGCCAUGCACUCGCCUGCUGUUAUGGAGCUCAUCGGUAUACGACUGACGAAGCCGGUCGUCGAAUACCUCAUUGACUCAGUUGUCGAGACCGUCGACUGCGCCAUGGGCCGUGCCUCGACACCGAGGGGCCGCAACCCGUCGCGCUACCUCUCCUCUUUCACCACCUUUGUGCACAACGUCCUCACUCGCGCCGAAGUCACGCCCGCCACCGUCCUCGCCUCCCUCGUCUACAUCUCCCGCGCCCGCCCCCAUCUGUCCAUCGCGCUUGAGGAGUGGGCGUUGGAGCGCGUCUUCCUCGGCGCGCUUAUCGUCGCCUCCAAGUACACGAACGACUCGACGCUGAGGAACAUCCACUGGGCGCUCUGCACGGGCGUCUUCGGGAGGCGGGACGUGGGCCGGAUCGAGCGCGAGUUCCUCGAGGUGCUCGACUGGGAGCUGGCCAUCAACGAGGCCGACUUGCUCGCGCACCACCCCGCGCUCAUGGCCGUCGCCUUCCCGUCCACACUCCCUCCCACUUCCUUCGUCCGCACGCACACCCGCCACGCCUCGUCCCCUGCCCUCCCCGACCUCGCCCCGAGCUCGCCGGGCUCGUCGCUCGGCUCGUUCUCGCCCCCCACGCCGCUGCCGCAGCACGUGUCCGUGGACGUUGUCCCCCAGCAGAAGGGACAACUGGGCGACCUCAUCCGCGCGUUUCCCACUCCUAUCACCAUCCGCCACCACGCGUAA